GAAGAAUUCUUUAAAGAUUGCAAUUGCUUCAUUUCAAAUGUUUUCAAGCAAACUCGUCCUAGCAAGAAUUUCGUACACCCUGAAGACAAAUUAAGUGGACAAAUCUUUUAGUCAAUAACGACAGAAACUCUGGAAAAUAUUGAUUAAUUAAUUUCUGAUUCAAGAAUGUCGUUGGAUCGCAAGAAAAAUUCACGCAAGCCAGACCAUCAUGGGAAACAAAAACCGCAUUCAUUGGAUGAGCCUGGUGGUGAAGUUGAACAAGAUAAGAACUUCUUAUGCUUGUCGCCUGAAAAUCUGAAUCGGUCUUGCCAACAACUGAAUAAGAAUUCAAACCAUCAUCAUCAUCAUUGUAAGAGAAAUGAACUUGUGACUAGAACCUCCACCGAAAGCAAGGAUACAGAUUCGUCAUCGGGGUCUAAAAAACAUGCUCAUAGAUCCCGUUCUCCCGUUCGAAGCAAGAACACGCCAUCUCGGUCUAAGCGAAACCACGGCGGAUCCCCGAGCACCAAGUCUCGUCACUCUCAUAAAGACUCGGAGUCCCAGAAGUCUUCCCACCAUUCCUCGGGAGAAAGCCGCGACCGCAAGAGGCACCGCAAACACAAAAAGGACGUGGAAGCCGGCUUCGAACUUGCCGAAGUCGAGGAGGAACGGAGCAAAGCGACUUGCGUGGUGGUUGCCAUCAGCACGACCAUCAUCGUCAUAGCCGUUCUGCUCGUGGUCGUCACUCUGUAUUUCACGCCGCACUUCGAAGACUAUGAUAAAGAUUAUCACUGUUGCAAUAGCACGGAUGACUAUAUACGUGACAACAGGAGGCAUUGACAGCAAGAGCAACUCAAUGACAACUAAAUAAUCAAGUUAUGAGGAUUCAUUCAAUCCAUGAGUAGAGCUUAUAACUGCAAGACAUUCGACUGAAAUAGAUACGCUUAAAGACAUUGCUUAAAAGUGAACUUUUGUACGACAUGCAUUUUAGAUUUAAUUGAGAAGCACAUCAACGAAUGUCUUCCCUUCCUGUCAGUGCAUCUACUAGUAAAUGCAUAUGGCUUCCUCUUUAAACGUAUUGCUGAACCAGCCGAAAAUUAUAAUCACUGCUGUAGUCCCAAAAGGGCAUUAGCUGUAUCGGAUGGCAUGGAAAGUUGCCUCAGAGAAUCAAGAAAAUUAUGUUCUAUAAAAGUUUGAAAGUACUUUUCCGAAUACGGUAUUAUAUCUUCGGUAAAUUUAAUAGCUAAUCAAAUGUGGCACUUAAAACCGUUACGCAAAGGUUAUGGUAACACCAUAAUGAUUACACAAAAACAGAAAAAUUUGAGUGUUUGAUUUUUUGUUUUUCUUUUUGUAAUAAAAAAAAAACAGAAUUAAUAUCAAUAAGUUUUAUUUUUCCACGUGAUAUAUUUUUUAAAAUAUAUUAGGGUGUCCCAUAAGUUUCUUUCCUAUUUGUAAUAUGUAAUGAAUAUGCAAUAUUUACUUCUUAAGAUAUUAUUUAUUUUGUUAUAUAAGAAACCUUUUGCUGUAUUACCUUCUUCCAUCUGUCCGAAAGUCUCAUUAUGCCUUUUUUCCAAAAUGGUUGUGUUUUGGAAAAGAAAUAGUCCUCGAGGUGCGCUUUUAUUUCGCUGAUGAAUUAAAAUAUUUUAAGGACAGAAAGAAGUAAUAAUCAGAUGGAGCGAGAUCUGGAAAGUAUUCAGGAUGCGGUAGAACAUCCUAAUCAAACUGUAAGAGCUUCUCUCUUACGACUAAUUCAAUAUAUGGUCUCAUGUUGUCAUGAUGAAAAUCAACGGCACGUCGGUUCAUUAAUUCUAACCGGGUUUUUUCCCGGUUAUUUCAUUUUGGAAGAUAAAUUUUUAUUUGAAAAUUAUCAGAUCUAAUAAAUUAUUUCAGUUGGAAUUUCAAUAAAAUUGUCCUGAAUUUUGACAGAGAAGUGAAAAAACAGUGAAGUUUGUUUUGACUGGUUGCAGAAUGCUAACAUAAUAUAAAUGUGUUUUUUUUUCAUUUAAUUGUAUUGAUGUUUAUAAAUGGCAACUUACAGUUCUUUGUCACAUGCACUGUAUAAAGCGGAAAUAUUUACUUAUAUCUUCCGAACUUUUUGAUAUGUUUCAUUUACUAUGAUCUGUUCUAUACAGACGUUUUAAUAAGGUAAAUUAAUUUUUGAAAAUUGUUGUCUGUUCUCGGAAGACAACAUAUUUGUGUUAUAUGUGGUUUAGUG